GCUGAACCAUCCUUUGUUGCAAAACAUGAAGAUAGUUUGUUUAAGGAUUUGUUUCAAGACUACGAAAGAUGGGUUCGUCCUGUGGAACACCUGAAUGACAAAAUAAAAAUAAAGUUUGGCCUUGCAAUAUCUCAAUUAGUGGAUGUGGAUGAGAAAAAUCAGUUAAUGACAACGAAUGUCUGGUUGAAACAGGAGUGGACAGAUGUGAAGUUAAGAUGGCGUCCUGAGGACUACGGAGGAAUCAAAGUGAUACGCGUCCCUUCAGACUCUCUCUGGACUCCAGACAUCGUUUUGUUUGAUAACGCGGACGGGCGUUUCGAGGGGGCCAGCACUAAAGCGGUCGUCAGGCACGACGGCACGGUGACCUGGACGCCGCCGGCAAACUACAAGAGUUCCUGUACCAUCGACGUCACAUUUUUCCCAUUCGAUCUCCAGAACUGCUCCAUGAAGUUUGGUUCUUGGACUUACGACGGGUCCCAGGUUGAUAUUAUGUUAGAGGACCAAGAUGUAGACAAGAGAGACUUCUUUGACAAUGGAGAAUGGGAAAUCGUCAGCGCCACAGGGAGCAAAGGGAACAGAACGGAUAGCUCCUGCUGGUACCCACACAUCACAUACUCCUUUGUAAUCAAGCGCCUGCCUCUCUUCUACACCCUGUUCCUUAUCAUUCCCUGUAUCGGCCUCUCGUUUCUAACCGUGCUCGUCUUCUAUCUCCCCUCCCACGAAGGGGAGAAGAUCUGUCUCUGCACGUCAGUACUGGUCUCUUUGACUGUCUUCCUGCUGGUUAUCGAGGAGAUCAUCCCCUCAUCUUCCAAAGUCAUCCCUCUGAUCGGAGAGUACCUGGUGUUCACCAUGAUUUUUGUGACGCUGUCCAUCAUGGUCACUGUCUUCGCCAUCAACAUCCACCACCGUUCUUCCUCAACACAUGAUGCCAUGGCGCCUUGGGUCCGCAAGAUAUUUCUCCACAAGCUUCCCAAACUGCUCUGCAUGAGAAGUCAUGUAGACAGGUACUUCGCUCAGAAAGAGGGGACUGAGAGCCCUGGGAGACCAGAGUCUUCUCGAAACCCACUGGAAGCUGCACUUGAUUCUAUCCGCUACAUCACCAGACACGUCAUGAAGGAGAACGAUGUCCGUGAGGUUGUUGAAGACUGGAAAUUCAUAGCCCAGGUGCUGGAUCGGAUGUUUCUGUGGACUUUUCUUCUGGUUUCAAUUGUUGGAUCUCUUGGGCUUUUCGUUCCUGUUAUUUACAAGUGGGCCAAUAUCAUAGUCCCGGUUCAUAUUGGAGAUGCAAAUAAGUGA